CAUGCGCAUCAUCGAUCAUCGAUCAACCAUUUCGGCAAACGUAAACAAAUCCACAUGGCCCGAGAAAAGCAAAGAGCCUGUUUGUUAUUUUCCGAAUAAAUUGUGAUUUGCCAUCUCUAAUUCCUGCGAUUACAGUUUGAACUUGUAAAAGGGUACAAAUCAACCAAGUAUGGGUGACAGUGACUCUGACGUGGCUCUCUCGGACGAUGACUUUUUCACCGGCGAGGAGAAAAAACUCCUGCAAAAGCACAGAAGCAACGUCAACAAAAAGCGCCAACGCACCGAGGAGGCAGUCCUUGGCUUUGACGAUUCCAAUGAUGAGGAAGAAGAGGGGCCGGUCGACGCUGACCAAGAAAUGGACAGUGACGAGCAAGCCGGCGAGAGCGACGACGACUUGCCCAAUCUGCAGGCCUGGGGAAAAAAGAAGAAGUCGUACUACAACACCGAUUUCGUAGACAAAGAUUUUGGAUCUUUGACUGAGAAGGAAGAAGAGGCUGCCAAGCUGGAGGAGGAGGAGGCUCUGCGGAUUCAGAAAAGAUUGGCCGAGCAGCUGGAAGAGGAGGAUUUUUCGCUGGCAUUCCAAGAUGAUCAGAAUAAAGAUACAGAUAAAACUAAAGAAAUUAGUGAAGAUCGGAGUGAGGUGAAGAAAGAUCUCAGCUCCAUGUCGACGAGAGAAAAGCUCGAAAUUUUCCACCAGGAGAAUCCAGAAUAUGCAUGUUUGGUUGAGGAAUUCAAAGGAAAUGUGGAAAUUUUGAAAAAUACUGUCGAGCCGAUUCGAGAAAUGCUUUCGAAAAUUGACAUGUCCUCGGCCGAAGAUGGAGAGAAUUUGGUUGAGGCGCUGGAAACUUACCACCAAGUUCUCGUCAAUUACAACAUCAAUCUUUGUUUUUAUCUUCUGCUGAAAGCCAGACGAGUGUCUGUGAAGUCCCAUCCUGUGGCUCGGAGACUCUUGCAGUACCGAAUCCUGCUGAGGAAAAUCCACAAGAAAUGGAUUUUGUCCAAAACGAACAAUUUGAUUCAAAAGAUCUUGAGUGUGGCUGAAGAGCAAAUGAAAAAGGGAGCCACUUUGAAGACAAUUUCAAACCAGCACAAGCUUUUUGUCGAGAAACUUCUGGAAAACAUUGACAUGGGCAAGGAUCAGAGCAGUGAGGAGGAAAGCGAGGAAGAAAUGGCUGAGGCUGAGGAGUCUGAAGGUGAAAAGGAGGAGGAAGGAGGUGAGGGGGAAGUGGACGAGAAUGCCAAGAGAGGGAUCACAUACCAAAUCCGCAAGAACAAGGGCUUGACCCCUCACAAGAAGAAGGAGCUCCGAAACCCCAGGGUCAAGCACAGGAUGAAAUUCAGGAAGGCCGUCAUCAGGAGGAAGGGCCAGAUCCGCGAGCACAGACCCGAGAUUAACAAGUACGGAGGCGAAAUGUCAGGAAUUAAGGCGUCCGUCACCAAGAGUGUCAAAUUUAAGUGAGGUUUUACUGAAUAAAGAAAGAUUUAUUAAAAGAUUGAAAUAA